GUAAGGCCUAAACCGGAAUACUCAAUGAAAAUGUCUAACGAAAUCAAGAUCGUCUUUGAGAAUCCCUGUUCUCAAGCGUUCGCAUUUGAGAAUAACAAUUCUCAAGCGUUGCUUGAGGAAAUGAUGAAAAAUCAUCCCUACAACCUUACCUUAUCGCUAGAAGAGUUGCUUGCUCCACGCCAGCAAAAAAUACCAUAUAAACCGCCUCGAGCAAAGAAUAAAUUCAUUUUGUAUCGGACGGACUAUAUUGCACGCGCGAGAAAGGAGAAUCCCAAAAGGGUAGGGUCGAUGACGACUCGAGAUCUUUCGAAAGAGGCAAGUGAAAGUUGGAAAGCUCAGCCGGCAGCAGUGAAACAGUUGUUUACCGUUUUAGCCAAAGUCGCCAGUGAAAGGCACAAAGAGUU